AUGGAGAGGAAAAACCAGACAGGAAUAUCUGAGUUUUUCUUCUCUGGAUUUCCCCAGUUCCAAGAUGGUGGCUUCUUGUUCUUCAUCCCUUUGCUCCUUAUGUACAUGUUUGUUGUCAUUGGGAACCUCAUGAUUUCCAUUGUUAUAAGGCUAGAUUCCCAACUCCACAACCCCAUGUACACUUUCAUUGGCAUCUUCUCCUUCCUGGAGAUCUGGUACACCACAGCCACCAUUCCCAAGAUGCUCUCCAACUUGGUUAAUGACCAGAAGACCAUCUCCUUCGCUGGUUGCCUCCUACAGAUGUACUUUUUCCACUUUGGAAAUUCUGAGGGCAUAUUACUGACCAUGAUGGCCAUUGAUAGGUACAUUGCUGUCUGCAACCCACUCCGCUAUCCUACCAUUAUGACACCUAGACUGUGUGGCCAGCUGAUCACAGGUUCCUGCAUUUUUGGCUUUCUCGUGCUGCUCCCUGAGAUCAUAUGGAUAUCCACCUUGCCCUUCUGUGGUUCCAACCAGAUUCACCAGCUCUUCUGUGAUUUUGCUCCUGUGCUGAGCUUGGUCUGCACAGACACCUCCGUGAUUCUAGUUGAGGAUGUGGUCCAUGCUAUUGCCAUCCUAACUGCUGUGCUGAUCAUUACCCUCUCCUACAUCCGGAUCAUUGCUGUGAUCCUGAGUAUCCCCUCAGUUGAAGGCCGUCACAAAGCUUUCUCCACAUGUGCCUCUCAUCUCAUUGUCUUCAUCAUGUUCUAUGGCAGUGUAUCACUCAUGUAUUUACGCUUCUCAGCCACUUUCCCACCAUUCUUGAAUAGGACCAUUGCCCUCAUGUUUGCUGUCCUUGCUCCCUUUUAUAACCCUGUUAUCUACAGUCUGAGGAAUAAAGACAUGAAAGAGGCCAUCAAGAAACUCCUUUGUCCUCAGAAGGCCUUUAGCAUUUCAGGGGCUUAG